AUGGCCGCCGACCUCACCUUCCGCCCGCCGGAUCACGAGCUCAUCACCAGGUACCUGUGCCCCAAGAUCGCCGACGACGCCAUCGAGUUCCCUUCCAUCCACGACGCCGACGUCUACUCCGCCGCCCCGCCCGAGCUCGCCGCCAGGCACGCCCCAGCGCUGGGCACCGACCGCGGCGGCGACGGCACCGGUGCGGUGUACUACUUCUUCUGCCCGGUGCGCCGCGGCGGUGGCGGGGAGAAUGGAGGGAGGCGGAGUAGGCGGAGGCAGCGAUCGGUCGGCGGCGGGGCCAACGGGGAGGAGCGCGGCUGCUGGCACCCGGAGGGCGGCCAGAAGGCCGUGCUCGACGCCGCCGGCCGCCGCGUCGGGAACCUGCGCAGGCUGUCGUACGGGGUGAGGGAGAAGGAGUCGCGCCGCCGCUUGACCCGGCUCGGGUGGUGCAUGACGGAGUUCGCAGUCGACGGUGACGCCGCCGAUCUGGUCCUCUGCAAGCUGUACCGGUCGCCUCGCGCCCCUCGCGUAGAGGAGGCCACCGCCACGGCGUCGAGCUCGGGCUCAAAGAGGAAGUCCGCCGACGAUCUCACGGAUGCUCCGGUGGAGCGCUCGCGGCCGCAUUGGAUGAAGAUGAACGACCACGCCGCCGACAUGGUGCCCGCCGGAGCGGACGGCGAUUUCCAUGCCAAAGAAGAAGACCGGCGCAUCGUGCCGGCGCCGGAAGAGGAGGCGCUCGUGCAGACAAGGGACGGCCCUCGCUCGGACAACGACGUGAUCAUGGCGCUAGCGAUGGGGGCGACUGUCGACGACUUGCUAGGCCCGCAGCAGGCCGGCGAGCCCAGCGUAUCCUCCUAUUCCUCGCCGUGCUGCCCGGAGCCAGAGCCAUGUCCCAUCAGCAGCAACGCCGGGGGGCGCCCGCCAUUCGCAGCGCAGGCUGCGCCAGCUUGCGGCGGUGACAUGUCAGUGGCGACAUGGGCAGCGCCGCCGGCGGGAGAGUUCAGCUGGGAGAAGGAGCUCGAGUGGAUUCAAGAGUUGUUGUUGGGAUCCCCUCGUGUUCUAGCGCGUGCUAGACUAUGA